AUGCUUUGGAAGGCCUCAAAAUCACGACAGGGCAGCUGGAUCGUGAUCCUGGGCGCUGGAGGUGGUCUUGGUCAUUUGGGGGUGCAAUUUGCCAAGGUUAUGGACUUCAAGGUAAUCGCGGUCGACUCUGGCGACAAAGAAAGUUUUUGUAAAUCCCUGGGCGCGGAUGUUGUCGUUGAUUACACCGCACAGGACGUGGUUGAGGUCGUGAAGAACGUUGCAGUCGAGGGAGUUGCCGGCGUUAUUGUCACGACGACAAGUCGGAGAUCAUAUGAGCAGGCCGCGGAAAUGCUUGGUUUUGGCUCUGUCUUGGUGUGCGUUGGCUUACCAUUCGAGUCAUUCCAUAUGCCGAUAAGCGUCAAAACCUUUAUGGACAAAGGCUGUUCCAUCACCGGAGUAGCUGCCAGUUCUCUCAGAGACGUUCAGGAGGCUGUCGACUUUGCCGCUGAGAAGAAGAUCCACCCUGUCGUGCACAUCAGGUCGAUGGAGCAAGCUGAGGAUGUCUUUAAAGACCUGACCUGGAACUCUUUGGCGAUGACGAGAGUCGUCCUUGGUCUCAUACUCUUGUUGUGCCUUGCAAUCAUCGUCUAUCGACAGCUGGCGUUGACGAAGAAGAGUAAUGGAGCACGGUCACUUCCCGGCCCGAAAGGUUACCCCAUUAUUGGCAAUCUGCUCGAAUUUCCGCGCUCGUUCGCUUGGCUCAAGUUCAAGGACUGGAGUGAGAUAUACGGUCCAGUUUACAAGCUUGACGUCCUGGGGACUACACAUGUCGUUGUCUCGGAGCAACGCAUUGCCGAUGAGCUGCUCACCACAAGGGGAGCCACCUACUCGGACCGUGGCAGCUUACAAAUGCUCGCGCUCAUUACCAAGGGAGGAGACUUGGUGGGCAGUCCGAUGAACGACUACUGGCGCAAGGGUAGGAAAUUCGCCGCAGCAAUGACAGGGCCCUCAAUUUCCACUCAGUAUGAACCUUUCCUGGAGCGAGAGGUAAAGCGGAUGGUUAUCGAUAUGGUCAGAGACUCCUCCAAGUAUGAAUUUUGGUUUGAAAGAGUUUCAACCGCCGUGUCGACUCGCCAACUGUUUGGAGAAAAGUGUGCCAAAAACGGCGAUGUCGAGUAUCACACCAAACAGAUCGUGAUACACAACCGCCAUAUCGAGCGAACUGGGAGCUCCGGAGCGUACCUCGUCAACCUGUUUCCACCACUGAACUACCUCCCUGAGGCACUGGCGCCUUUCAAGCGAGAAGCAAAGCAGGUUUACGCCAGAGACUCAGCCUACUUCUUCAGCUUGCUCCAGCAAGCCAUCCAGAGGUAUGAAGACAAAAUACCAGAGGAUCCAAAGUCGUUUGCCCGAUCGUGGCUCGACAAAGACGAUAGAUGGGGCAUGUCUUUUACGGAGGCAGCUUAUGUUUUGGGUACGUUAUUUGGCGGCGCCACUGGUACCACGUCGGGGACCAUGCGAUCUUUCUGUUUGGCCAUGUGUCACCACCCCGAGUGGAUGGAGAAGUUGAACCAAGAACUGGACAAAGUCGUCGGGCCAGAUCGACCGCCGACUUUCUCAGACUAUCCUAAUCUGCAGGUGGUUCGUGCCGUCGUCAAGGAAACUUUGCGUUGGAGGCCUAUAGUGCCGACAAAUGUCCCACAUCGAGCCAUCAAGUGUGACAUUUUUGAGGGAUACAAGAUUCCAAAAGGAGCCCUAAUCCACGCAAACCAGUGGGCUAUCCACAGAGACCCUGUUUUGUAUCCGGAAGGCGAGACAUUCAAUCCAGCGAGAUGGCUGAGCAAUUCAUAUCCGACAUUCAAAGAACCACUGGAACAGUUUCCCAACAUCAAGCGCUAUUCCUCAUUCGGCUUCGGGCGCCGAAUAUGCCCUGGCUUCGAGAUAGCUGAGAGGUCCUUGUUCAUGCAGAUCGCCAGUCUUGCAUGGGCAUGUAAGAUCUCGAAGAAGGUUGUGGACGGGAAGGAGGUUCCUGUGCCGUACUGUGACUAUACGGAUGGGGCCCAAAGUUUUCCAAAGCCAUUCACAUUUGAAGUGAAGCCUAGGGAUGCGGCUAGACUCGCCAUGCUGGAGCAGGACUGCUAG